AUGACAGCCUCGUUACUGCUCCACUCGCGCUGGAUCGACCCGGUGAUGUUUCUCUAUGACAACGGCGCGGACAACAUUAACAAAAGUAUGGAGGGAUUCGUGGGAAGCAAUUUCACUGCGAACCAGUGCAGGAAUCUCGUGUCCCACCCGACUUCACUGGCUCCGAGCACGACUUACGCGUCGAGCGAGGUGCCAGUAUCUGGCAUGAGUGAAGCUGUCAAACAAUGCAGCCCCUGUUCGGCGGUACAGAGCUCCCCUGGUGCCUCUUUGCCCUAUGGAUAUUUUGGCAGCGGUUACUACCAAUGCAGGAUGUCACAUCACAACAGCAAAUCCUGCGCGCAGCCUUCGUCUUACGGGGAGAAAUACAUGGACACGUCCAUUUCUGGAGAGGAAUUCCCAUCCAGAGCAAAGGAAUAUACUUUUUAUCAGGGAUACUCGCCUGGCCCGUAUCAACCUGUUCCGAGCUAUCUGGACAUGCCCGUAGUACCAGCGCUAAGCGCUCCGGCAGAACCGAGACACGACUCUUUAUUGCCAGUUGAGACAUAUCAGCCCUGGACCAUCGGUAACGGGUGGAACAGCCCGGUGUACUGUCCCAAAGACCAGACACAGUCAAACCAUCUGUGGAAAUCAACUAUUCAAGGUAGGUCUGUCCAUUUUCCCGAUUUUCUCAGAUCAUCUCGACUGAAAACUGACUGCAGCUCAGUUCGGCGGGGGAGAAAGAAACGCGUGCCCUAUACCAAGAUCCAGCUAAAGGAGCUCGAGCGAGAAUACGCCACGAAUAAGUUCAUCACCAAGGAUAAACGAAGGAGGAUUUCCGCCCAAACGAACCUGACGGAGCGACAAGUCACUAUCUGGUUUCAAAACAGGCGAGUGAAAGAGAAGAAAGUGAUUAGUAAAUUCAAGACCAUCAGUUAA